AUGAACCACAAAAAACCAUGUGCCUAUGUGUUCUGUAAGACUCGCUCACAUUGGGUUCACACAAACAUCAUCUCCCUGGCUCCCGAACACAGAUGGCAUGAAUAUGUGGAUUCACUGCUGGUGACGUGCCUCACCGAGGAGUACCCACCAGCUUUUUCCGCGGCACUAGCUGGAGCAGUAGCUGAUUGUUUCCAUGUGGCCACCCGUCAGCAUAACCUGACGCUGGGUCCUUUGCAAGCGCCUGAAAUCGAAGCCUGGGAUGCUACACCUGUGACCCAGAAUGUUGUAGUCGUCGACAACCAGGGUGCCAAGAUCCAUGACAGCUAUGACAUUGACAAGAAAAAGCUGGGUGAAGGAUCCUAUGGAACCGUGUCCAUUUGCACUAGCAAGGCCACGAAGCAGAAGAGGGCUGUGAAAGCCCUCAGCAAGACGCAGAUGAAGAACAUAGAGAAAUUUAAGGAAGAAAUCCGGAUUAUGCAGCUGAUGGACCACCCCAACAUCAUCAAACUCUACGAAGCGUUUGAGGAUAAGGUGAAGGUCUACUUGGUGAUGGAGCUUUGCUCCGGUGGUGAGCUUUUUGAUCGAAUCAUCGAUCUGGGCCACUUCACUGAGGUGCAGGCUGCGAUAGUGAUGCAACAGAUGUUCCGUGCAGUUUAUUACAUGCACCAGAGAAGAUUGUGUCACAGGGAUUUGAAGCCGGAAAAUUUCUUGUUUGCCACCAAAGAGAAGAUUGAAAAGACCUUUCUUAAGAUCAUCGACUUUGGUUUGGCCUAUGAGUUCAAGCCAGAUGUGCCCAUGACUACCAAAGCUGGUACGCCUUUCUACGUAGCGCCUCAGGUUCUGGAAGGCAAAUAUGACCAGUCAGCUGAUCUGUGGAGUUGUGGCGUCAUCAUGUAUGUCCUACUCUGUGGGUAUCCCCCCUUUUGGGGUGACACUGACAAGAAGGUUCUGCAAAAGGUUUCCAAGGGCUCUUUUAGUUUCAAUCCAGCAGAUUGGAAAAACGUAUCUGAGGAUGCAAAGGGACUCAUCCGAAAUCUGCUGAAGUUCAGCCCAAAAGAGAGGAUCACGGCGGAGCAAGCCUUGAAUGCUGAAUGGGUCAAAGACCAUGCUCCCAGAGCCACGGAUGUGUCCAUUGGUAGCGGUCUGGUGGACAACCUGCGGGGCUUCCGAUCACAGAACAAACUGAAAAAGGCAGCCCUGCAUGUCAUUGCUGGACAGAUGACCGAUUCGCAGAUCAAGGAUUUGCGAGAAACGUUCCUCGCAAUGGACGUCAACGGUGAUGGCUUGUUGACGGCCAAGGAGCUGGAAGAAGGGAUGCAGAAGGCCGGCAUGUCGAAUCUUCCACCAGAAUUAGACCAAAUUCUGAAAGAUGUUGACAGCAACGGCAGUGGUCACAUCGACUACACCGAGUUUUUAGCUGCAACUCUUGAUAGGAAAAAGUACAUUGCGGAGGAUGUGUGCUGGGCAGCCUUCAGGGUCUUUGACAAAGACGGCUCGGGCACCAUCAGCCGUGAUGAGCUGGCACAGGUCUUGAGCGAUGGUGAAGUCAAAGCCGUGGCGCAGACCGACCUCAAUGAACUCCUAGAUGUUGAAAACUCAGGGGGCUCUCAGCUGAGUCAAGCUUCUGCCAAGGAAGUCGACAAGAACGGAGACGGUGAGAUUGACUUCCAGGAGCACAGCUCCGGGAGGCCAUGUGGAUCCGAAUCCGGGCGUUUCGGAAAUGGGAUUAGAUGCUUUGGGCUCAACUCUGCCGAUGGGCCGGUCGAUAUGUCAGAUGACGAGGGCCCACGCAAGGGAAAAGGCAAGAAAGGAAAAGGUGGCGGCGGUGGCGGUGGAAAAGGUGGAAAAGAUAAGGGAAAGGGAGGAAAGUCUUCCGGUGGAGGAAUCAAUGUGAGCCGUUUGCAAGUUCUGCCGAAGUUUUUGCAAGAGAUCCAUGCCAAGUACAAACCUUCUAAAGACAAGCGUGGUCUGAAACACGCAGAGCUGCAAGACAAGAGCUCCCCGCUGGGAAACAACGAUGAUGACGAAUAUGACUUUGAAGAUGCGCAGAUCGUGGAUAGCAAUCUCACAGAGGAGGAGAUCAAGGUCUUCCAAAGAAAACGUGCCGUCCCCAAAGGGCGAGCUGAGGAUCCUGGGCCAUCGCCAUCUGGACCUGUGCGCUUCCAGGCCAAGAGGAAGGUGGAUCAAGGUAAGGAUCAGGAGGAUCAGGAGGAUCAGGAGGAUAGCCAAAGUGCUGCCAAAAAGCAGGACUCUGCAAAAAAGCAGGACUCUGCCAAAAAGAACGAUAGCAAUUAUGGUGCAGGUCUCUCCAAAAAGAAGCAGAGACUAAGCUUUGAUGAAGACGACAGCGCUUAGAUGCUGUGCAAAUUGGAUAGUUAAUGUGUGGGCGCUCCAAGUCGCCGGGCGCCGACGAAGCUUGGGCAAAAUCGCUGUGCCGCUGUGCAUUCCGGAUCAGCAUCCACAGAACUUGAAAA